CAAAUUUAGCUUUCAAGAGGAGGAGCUCGGGGUCGGCACUUACUUCACCAGGCGAGAGGAAGCGGGGACAAUAUUGCAGGCAUCACCGCCGCUGCUUAGGAGCAAGCGAGGGAAAGCGAAGCAGCUCCCGCGAAACGGAUCGCCAUGCCCAAAAUUACCUUUACCGAGGCGAGGGAGAUUGGAGAGCAGUUUUUACAGUUCCUGGCGGAAUCUGGCAACCAGAAAUUGAGCAGCAAGAUUGCCUUGAAGGCGCUGUACAACCAGGAGUUCCGAUAUCGAGAUAAUAUAAAAAGACCCAACUUCUCCAGUGUGCUGUAUGUGCUGGUGAAGUCAAACCGUGCUUUUAGCCGUGGGGAUUAUGUGCAAUUUCGUCAGGGGAAGAAGAAGCUAAAACUUAUUGAUCAAUAUUGGAAACCAAACACUGAUACUGGAGCUGAAGACCAUUCUACCCCAGAUGACAACACAUUCAAUAAUCCACUUCCUCCCGGAGCACGUGUUAAGCGCAGAUCAAAAUUUGUGUCUGAUAAGAAUGACGUGAAAAUUAUUUCAAAGUAUGAUGAGCCAAAUGGUAAAAUCCGAUUCAACAUUUCUCCGGAGCAGAGUUUGACUAUUAAAAUUGAGGUUAAGAACUAUGGAACAAAUGAAAUUAUCCUGGAAAGGUAUAGACUGAUGAAACGUUGUGAAUUCACUUUUUUAGUUUCUGAAGAACCUUUGCCUGUGAAACUGCCAUCAGGGUCCAUCUAUGUAAUCCCAAUAACGUGUGCGGUACCGGACUAUGGCUUCUUCCAUGUUACCAUGCAGUUUGAUUUCACCAGUGAACAGACUGGGAAUUUCCACAUUGGACGUUUUGUGCAGGCUGUUGCCAAUACCGAGUUAGCAAAACAACUUGGUCCCUCAGAACCUUAUCAGCCUUAUCAAGCCAAACUGCACAAACCACAGUUCAGAUCUAUAGAAGAUGGCGUUCCACCAGACAACAAUUUGUCCAUUGAAUUGCAGCAGAAACGUUUAGAUGUGUACAAAUACCCAAGCGAUCUGAAGGAUUUGAUUGAAUGCUUGAAUGAAGGCCAUACUCCUAAUGAUGGCACCAGUGACAAGAUUGCUCAUCUCAAGAGCAGUCUGGAAGCCCCCUUGCAAUUUGACAAUUAUUCUGAGAAGUUUUGUCUGCUUCUUCACUUGGAAGAGAUCCAAAUGGAGGUGGACAUCCAUCGAUAUGAUAUGCAAAAUGUUAGCAUGUUUAGAGACAAAUACAAUAAGAAACUCCUGGUUCUGAAGGCACCUGGUGUGGCAGAGAACCGGCCUUCCGUGUUGAAAGGUGACCAUCUGUUUGUGAGCUUGGUUGAAGGGCUACCAAAAUACAAAACUCCCUUCUAUAAAGGUUACGUCCAUGGUGUGGAAUUGGAUCAAGUCAGACUGGGGUUUUCUGAAAAAUUACUAAAUAAAUUUGUCGAUAACAUGAAGUUUGAUGUGGAAUUUACUUUCAAUCGUCUGCCCUUGCGCCUUCAGCAUCGGGCUGUUACACUUGUCCAGAAGAAGAAACUGUCCCAUCUGAUCUUCCCAUACUUCUCUUACAAGGAAUCCCUCCUGCCUACUCAUCAGGAACUCUGCCUAUAUAAUUCUGAUCUGAACAAGAAUGAGGAACAGAAGGAAGCUGUCCGUCAAGUAGUGGCAGGGACUUCCAGACCAGCCCCAUAUCUUAUAUUUGGGCCUCCCGGUACUGGCAAGACGGUCACUAUGGUGGAGGCCAUUAAGCAGUUUCAGGUAUUCUUGCCAUGAUGGACCCAAAGACAAAUGUCAAUGGAGGUCAGCUGGUUUUGGCUGGGGAUCCCAGGCAACUGGGACCAAUUUUGAGAUCUCCUCUGGCACUUCAACAUGGCUUGGGACUUUCGUUGCUGGAGCGGCUGAUGUACUACAACCCAUUAUACCAAAAGACAAAUGACAAAUAUAACCCACAAUUUGUCACUAUGCUGCUGCGCAAUUACAGGUCUCAUAAAGCCAUCCUCAAAUACCCCAAUGAAAAAUUCUAUGAUGAAAAGCUCCUGGUAUGUGGUGAACCCGCAAUUAUUGAUUCCUUCUGCAAUUGGAGUGAACUGCCCAAGCAGAAAUUUCCUAUCAUCUUCCAUGGGGUCUGUGGGGAAGACCAGCAAGAAGCGAGGAGCCCUUCAUUUUUCAAUACUGCUGAGAUUAGUGUGUUGAUGUAUUAUCUCAAGAAACUUCUUCUGGAAAAUCAGGGCAAAAAAGGACAAACCAAAAUUCCUCCCAAAGAGAUUGGUGUCAUCUCUCCAUACAGAAAGCAGGUAGAGAAGAUAAGAAAGGCCAUCAAUUUAGAAUUGAAAUCCCUGAUGGGGAUCCAGGAUCUAAAGGUGGGCUCUGUGGAGGAAUUCCAGGGUCAGGAGCGGCGUGUGGUGCUCAUUUCAACAGUACGCAGCAGCAGCAAUUACUUUGGAAUAGAUGAAGAGUUCAACCUUGGUUUCCUCAAUAAUCCCAAGCGCCUGAAUGUGUCUCUUACAAGAGCUAAGGCACUGUUGAUCGUUGUAGGCAACCCAACUACACUAAGCACGGAUCCACACUGGAAGGGGUAAGUGUUGGCCUCCUGAAUCCUAAUUAUUUUUUCUCCUGCAGUGAAUUAGAGGAACAACUGAAUAAGCAGCGC